GUGAUGGACGCCAUGAAGGCUUGCUGCUCUCCACAGUCCUGGGCCUGACGCUAAGUACGCGGAUGCACAAAUUCCAAUUGCCCAGGAUCAGCCCGCGCCUCCAGCUGUAGAUAAACCCACCGCGGCACCAGGACACCUCUGCGUCCCCCGCCAUGGCUGCAGACUCCCCAGCCCGCUCGGACUCGUCGUCCCUCGACGAGAAGAUGUCCAAAUCCGACGUGAACGGCAUCGCGGACGAGGCCCUCAACAGCGAGAAGCACGUCGCAGAGGACACGGCCGAAGCGACCACCCAGUACACCGAGGAACAGUACGCAGCACUGGUCCGACGGUUCGAUCGGUUCCUGCUCCCCAUAAUGUGGAUAUGUUACGGCGUACAGCAAGCGGACAAGACGGGACUGUCUACUCAGGCUACCUUCGGCAUCAAGGAGGAUACGCAUCUCCGUGGCCAGCAAUACUCCUGGUUGUCGACGAUCUUUUACAUCUCGUACCUAUGCUGCGAAUUCCCCUCCAACUGGGUCAUGCAACGUAUCAAUAUCGGCCGCACGCUGUCCGUCCUCAUGCUGAUAUGGGGUGUCAUCGUUCUCUGCACGGCUUUCGCAGAGAACUGGGCCCACCUCAUGGUCCUGCGAACGCUCCAAGGCGCCGCUGAGUGCACCAUUUCACCCGCUUUUCUCCUCAUCGUGGGUGCUUUCUACACACGGCGUGAACACACCCUCCGCGCCCUCAUUUGGGGCACCGCAAACGCCGGGUUCGGCAUCAUCACUGACUUAUGCAUGUAUUUUAUCGCCAAGCAUGCGCAGGAGGCAGGCGGCCUGGCCCCGUGGAAGGCCAUCUCGUUCUUCCUCGGUGGCAUGACUAUCGUGCUCUCCUUCUUCGCGUUCUUCCUGCUCGGCACGCCCCGCGAGGUCCUAUGGCUCUCGCCGGAGCAGAAGCGGAUGGCUGCUGCGCGAGUUGCCGCAAAUAAGACGGGGAGCGAUAGGCUCAAGAGGUACUGGAAUACAUCUCAGGCAUUGAGUGUGUUCCGCGACCCGCAGACUAUUUUCUUUUUCGUUGUGAACUUCGUCAACAACCUGCCGAACGGCGGGACGACAAGUUUUGGAAACCUAGUCUACGUCUCCUUUGGCUUCUCGAACCUCGAGGUCCUUGUCAAAGGCAACAUCCCUCGCAGCGCAUUCUCCAUCGUAUUCUUCCUCUUCGUCGGCUGGGUAAACCUCAAAUGGACCGGUCUUCGCUUCUGGAUUAUGAUGGCCAGCGUCGUUCCUUCUCUGGUCGGCAUGUUGGCGACGGCACUGCUACCCGACGAUCCCUCCAUCCGCUGGACCAAGUGGGGCAUGUACUUUAUGACCGUAACGGGUAAUGUCUCUGGUCCCUUGAUGUGGACGAUGGUGCCGUCCAACGUCGCCGGCCGGACGAAGAAGACUGUCAUGAGCUCGAUCAUGUUCGUCGCGUACUGCGUGGGUAAUGCCAUCGGCGCGCAAAUCUUCCGCGCGGAGGACGCGCCGCGAUAUGUGCCCGCUAUCAUCUCGUGUGGCGUGCUCUACUGCGUUCAGUUUGUGCUCAUGUUCCUCUGGCGCUCCUACUACGUCUGGGAGAAUCGCCGUCGGGACAGGGCGGCCGAGGCUGCUGGAAUUUCCCCGGAGGAACGCGAGCGUUUGGGAAUGAUCAAUGCGGAGAACGAUAUGACGGAUGUGGAGAACGUUCACUUCCGCUAUGCGGUGUGAGGAGAGGGCCUGUGGCCGUUGCUGUUGACUAUAAUGUGCUCGAGACCCCGAUCGACGAGGGUGUGCUUCGUCGUUGUAUCAGUAGAGGAUCUGACCUGGCUUUCUUGCUUUCUUGGUAGUUGUCGAUGUCGUGGAUUAUAUACCUUACUCACUAAUGUCCAUUCACUGAAUACAUACACUUUACUUACGGCUGUCUACUAGAUGAUGUCCUAUUCAAUGCAAUCCUCCAUGCGACCUGC